AUGCGUCAGGCAAUGCUCGAUGCUGAAGUUGAAGACGAUGUUUAUGGUGGUGAUUUAACUGUGUUAAAACUACAAGAUAUAGCAGCCAAAUUAUUAGGAAGAGAAGCAGCCUUAUUUGUUCCGUCGGAAACAAUGGAAGAUCUUAUUUGUGCUCUCAAUCAUUGUUCACAAUUUGGCUCAGAAAUGAUAUUGGGCGAUGAAUGUUACAUGAACAUAUAUCAGCAAGAUGGAUGCGCAACAUUAGCAAGAAUUCAUUCGCGAACAGUUACAACAUAG